ACGACAACACCACCCUUCUCAUACAGACCAGCUUCUACAGCGCCAAACCGACAAGAUGGCUCCCAGCAACCUUCCCGCGGUCUUCAACCCUACCCAGCAGGACAUCGAGAUGCUCCUCGCUGCUCAGUGCCAUCUCGGCGCAAAGAACCUCCAGGUGCACAUGGAGCCGUACCUGUGGAAGACCAGGCCCGAUGGUGUCAAUGUCAUCAACGUUGGCAAGACCUGGGAGAAGAUCGUGCUCGCUGCGCGUAUCAUUGUCGCCAUUGACAACCCUGCCGACAUUUGCGUCAUCUCCGCUCGUCCCUACGGUCAGCGUGCUGUCCUCAAGUUCGCCGCCCACACUGGUGCCGUUGCCAUCGCUGGUCGCUUCACCCCCGGUAACUUCACCAACUACAUCACCCGCUCGUUCAAGGAGCCCCGCUUGAUCAUUGUCACCGACCCGCGUACCGAUGCCCAGGCCAUCAAGGAGGCUUCCUACGUUAACAUUCCCGUCAUUGCUCUCUGCGACGGCGACUCACCCACCGAGUAUGUCGAUGUUGCCAUCCCCACCAACAACAAGGGUCGCCACGCCAUCGGUCUCGUCUGGUGGAUGCUCGCGCGUGAAGUCCUCCGCCUGCGCGGCACCCUCGCCUCCCGCGAGGCUGAGUGGGACGUCAUGACUGAUUUGUACUUCUACCGCGAUCCCGAGGCUGAGGAGAACAAGGACGCCACUGGCGUUGAGGAGGCCAAGGUGCCCGGUGCCGACGAGGUUGGCGCUGGUGCCGUUGAGGCUGGCUUCACUAGCGAGUGGGAGGUCUCUGGUGCGUCUGCUGGUGCGUUCACGAGCCAGGCUGCGGCGCCAGGUGCUAGCUGGGAUGCGGAUACCACUGAUUGGGCUGCGACUGGUGAGCAGCAGACCACCACUGAAGGAUGGGGUGCUGAGACUGCUGCUGCCCCGGCUACCACUACCCAAUGGUAG